GAUGCGCGAAAACCCGCGAAAUGGCGUCAAAGAUGGCUACGUUUUAUUCAUUCCACUAACAAAAACGCCACCGUUUUCUCCGAAGGAAGUUCUAUGGUGUAUAUCUAGGAAAUAAAGAUCUCUUAGGCUCCAAAUGCGUCGCUUGUAAUCAGCAGACUGACUGCAAAAGAAAGCAAAACCCAACGAGAGUAAAGAGUAAAUUCACAUGGUGAUGUUCAAACAUGCCACAUGGACCCAGAUGUCACUUUUUACGACCUGACCGUUGAGAAGAAUGACAAUGCCGACACUGCAAAGGCCCUAAGUGCGAUUGAGAACAUUGCCAGGCUUUUGUCUGCUGACCCAGCUACUGAGACAGAAGGAGAAGAAACUGAAGAGAGAAGCGAUUCAUUGCAGCCGAAACGAACUGCCGACCGUGACGCGUCCCGAAGAAAGCCUAAAAUUGUUCAUCGGAACGCUAAACGGGAUAAGGAGAUUGAGGAUAGAUUCUCAGAGCCAGAAACAGUCGAAACAGAUACAAGCACCAUAGAGGGCAGCAGCAAGGGCAGUGGCGUACAUCUCAACGGAGAUGCCGUCGCAACACACGGGGAAGAAGAUGCGAACAUCAGUGUUGUGAAGCGACGCGCAGAGAGAUCCUUAUCGCGACGAAAGCCGAAGAUCGUGCUCCAUCACAAUUUGGUUGUGGGAACGAAGGACAACGGAGAGGGGACGGCUCGCGUGGAGCGGGAGACAGGGACAGCUAGCGAUCGAGGGAGGUUAGAAAACGGCGACGUCGAGUUGGAUGAAGACGGGAAUCCAUUGCUACCUGAAGGAACUGUGAUUGUGAACCCUGAACCUGUAGAAGAGAGUAACCUAGAGUUCAGGGGACCUGAGUUCGAUACCCUAGGGAUAAAACACAAGAACGUUGACUUUGAUAACCCUUUGGCCAAUUCUGUGCAUUGCACGGUGUGUAAUGAGCAGUUGGUGUUGGUGCUAGGAUCCAAUGCAAGGCGACACCCAGACUUAAAUGUUUUAAUCUGUAAGAAGUGUCACGACUUUCACGACAGCGGCAAGUGGACCACCGACGACGAUGGCGUCGACGAAUUCUGCCGUUGGUGCUCGCAGGGCGGGCGGCUCACCUGCUGCGACUUCUGCAGCAAUGUCUUCUGCCGCUCGUGCAUCAAGAACAAUCUCGGCCGCGGCGAGCUGCGGCGCCUCGGCGAAAUGGACGACGACGACAAAUGGCGAUGCUACGUCUGCAACCCGCUGCCCCUCUCCGCGCAGAAAUCCACAUGUGAGCAGUUCUUCUCGCGGCUAGACGACCUCACGCACCAGAAGAAGCAGCAGAAAGCGCGCGCGCACGCGGGCAGACGCGUUAACGCGACGUAUCUCGUCGGCGUCAUCGACGAACUGCAGACGUCGCUCGACUCGCUCACGGCCUACCUCGCGAGCGUGCGCAAGGAGGUCGCGCCGAGGUCGCGCGUGAAGGAGGAGCCGGGAGAGAGCGACAGUAGCACGGGCUCGCGGCGCGUCCGGGAGAAGACCGGCGGCGGCGUUGUCGCGGAGGAGGUGAAAUACGGCGUCGCGCUCUGUGUGCUCAAGCACAAGAAACUCGUGAAGAAGGCCGUCAAGUCGCUGCUUAAGCCUCCGAAACACGCAAUACCUGACCAGCCGCCGAGGCCAGCCGUCUCCCAGAAGAGGGAAGACUCAGAGGAGGAGUCGGCUCGCGCGGACACCCCCGCAAACACACCCACAGACACGCACACAGACACACCUGCGGACACGCACGCAGAGCCAACUUCAGAACUGAAACCGGUCGACGACGACGAGAAGGGGGCGCCACCGUCCGACGACGAGAGCGUCGCUCGUGUGGUCGAACUGACGGACGAGACGUCGCCGCAACCGAUCUCCGACGACGACGACGACGUUGAGCAGCUUGCUGACUUUGACGUGAUCGACGAGACCGCCGCGGAGGAGGAGGAGGAGGGAGGCGCGCGCGGCAGCGACGCCGCGUCUGUCGACUCGCUGCGACUAACGUCCGGAUCGCGGUCGGUGAAGGUCGUCGAGAUUCCCGUCGAGCGACCCACGCCCGUCGUCAUCGUGCUCGACACGACGAUCGAGGAACAGCCAACGUCGACCGACGAGCAGCCAGCGUCGCCCCUGACGACCGAGGAGCAGCCAGAGUCGCCCCCGGCAACCGAGGAGCAGGCAGCAUCGCCCCCGGCGAACGAGGAGCAGCCAGCGUCGCCCCUGGAGACCGAGGAGCAGGCAGCGUCGCCCCCGGCAACCGAGGAGCAGCCAGCGUCGCCCCCGGAGACCAAGGAGCAGCCAGAAUCGCCCCCGGCGAACGAGGAGCAGCCAGCGUCGCCCCCGGUGACCGAGGAGCAGGCAGCGUCGCCCCCGGCAACGGAGGAGCAGCCAGCGUCGCCCCCGACGACCACCGCACGCACGACGCGCAAGCGGAAGCGCGAGGCGGAGGAGGUUACCGCAGUACGUAGCGAGGCCGCGGCAGAGGCAGACCCGUGCGAGGAGGACACCGCAGACGGGAAGAAGUGCGAGAAGAAGAGGACACGGCGCGAGGGCGAGAAGCUGGUCUCGAAGAUCGAAGAGGAGAAGGAGGAGGAGGAGGUGGCCAGCUGUGAGGAGAAGGUCGUAGAGGCGUCUGUGAUAACAGACGACGUCGGCGAGAGUGAAGCCAACGUCUUGGAUUCGACCGAGCAGCUGCCGGAAGACAUCUCCAAGCCAACAAAGAACGCGGCGGCGAGAAAGGAGGAGAAGAAGGAGGAGGAGGACGAAGGGGAGGACUCGGUGGUCCUGUUCGACUCGGACGCCUCUCCCGAGAAGAAGAAACCCAAGCGGGUGCAGCGCGUGAAGGAGCUCGCCGCGGAGGUCAAGAAGCUCGCGAAGGAAGGUUCGGACAGCGAGGAGGAGGGUGUCGCGGCGGAGGAGGUCGUGCAACAGCAUUCGGCGCGGAUCGCGCGCACGCGGGAAGACGUGGAGGCGGAGCGCAGCCUCCAGGUGGCGAUGGAGCGCGAGCUGAACGCGAUGAGCUCGGACGACGACGACGUCUCCGCGACGACGCGGCAGCGGCGCGGCGGGCGGCGCGGGGCGGCGGUGCGGCGAGACAGCAAGCUGAAGGGCAACGCGGUCGUGAGCCUUGUUCCGCUGAGAGAAGACGUGCUGCUCACCGUCAACACUCUCGAGACGAAGAAGAAGAAGGCGGGAAGACAAGUGGAGAAGGCCGAGAGAAAAGCGGGUCCGCUGUCCAGCAAGAAGGCGAAGGCCGCGGGAAAGGUCGCGGGAAGGUCUGAGGAGGACUCGGACAGCGACAUCGAUAAGGAGAUUGAGAAGCUCGCGCACGUCACGUUCACGAAGCACGGCGAAGCGGCGAACAGCGACACCGGCGAGGACGGCAGUGAUGACGAUGCUGAGUCGGACGGAACCAAACCUCGGCCCAGCGUGGACUCGAAAGUUACAGAAUCUAAGCCAAAAUGCAGUAGAAAGCCCAAAAAGGUAAAGGAAGGUGUAGAGUCUUCCAGCAGCUCAGAUGAAGGCAACAACGAUGCCGCUGCCGCCUCCGAAGAGAGCGAAGGCGAUACUGUAUCAACACUGAAAGUGAAGCUUGUAAAGGGACGUUCGUUCACAUCUGACGUAAAGCCGCCCCUGUGUGCGGCAGGGAAGGGCAAGCAGGUGAACCCGAACGAGGCAGCUAAGGAUGCGCUGAAGGCUGAGAUCGCAGCCGAGCUGGAGGCAGGCAGCGAGACGAGCAGCUCUGACGAGGAAAUGCUUGUUGCAGAGGUGAAGCAGAAGGCGCAGAAACAGAAGAAGAGCGCGAAGAAGGAAGAAGGGGAUAGCGACGACAAGCAGAAGGGCGGGACGACGUCGGACGACGGCGCCAAUUCGGACUCGUCUGACUUUGUGAGCCCGAUGAAGAAGAGUGCGGCGCGCUACCGCAGCAAGCUGCUGCGAGUGAAGCUCUCAGAGAGCGACUCGGACGACGGCGGCAAGAAGAGCAAGGAUGGGAAGACACAGAAGAAUGAGAAGAAGAAGCCGCGUAAGGAGCGCACGCGUCACAGCAGCAGUGAGAUCGCGUUCAGUCAGUCAGACUCCAAUGACGACAGCGAUAAUAGCGACUCCAGCGCAAAAAAACUCAAGAAAAACAAGCGAAAGAGGUCUGACACGUCAAGCAGUGACGAGGACUCGAAGAAGAAGAAGAAGAAGAGGAAGAAGCAGAAAGGGAAGAAGAGUAAGAAAGGCAAGGGUAAGCGAAGGAAGCGCAUAAAGAUGGCAAGUGAUUCUUCGGGCAGCGAGAGCGACGAGGUGAUUUGUCUUGGGAAACACGAGGGGAAGGAUGAGUCGCCGGGGAAGAGGAAGAAGCUGCGCAAGAUCUGGAAGGAGUCUAAGCUGAAAGAAGCCACGAAGGCUGCAGCGAAGGCGGAGGAGGACCGGAGGAAGCGAAUCCUCGAGAGGCAGAAGAAGUACAACCACAUUGAGCAGUUUGCGGACGAAUCAUCGCCGACGAAGUGUCCAAUCACGACGAAGCUGGUGCUUGAGCGAGACCCGAAGACGAAGGAGCCGCUAGUCGAGGUCUGCAGCGAACUCGUGCUGCAGCUGAAGCCUCAUCAGGUCGAAGGCGUGCAGUUCAUGUGGGACUGCCUCGUUGAGACACUGGAUCAGCUGGAUAAGGGAGAGGAGGGCAGCGGGGCUAUCCUUGCUCAUUGCAUGGGCCUCGGUAAAACCCUGCAGGUGGUGACGUUCAUACACACGAUGCUCAUGAACGAGCGCACGUGUGGCAAGCUUCGCACCGUCCUCGUCGUUGCUCCACUCAACACCGUCCUCAACUGGGAGGCCGAGUUCAAGAAGUGGCAGGUGAACAUCGACGAAGACGAACAAGUACCGGUGUAUGAGCUGGCGUCGAUCAAAGACAACUGGAAGCGGAUGGACUGGUGCGAGGGCUGGUAUAAGAACGGCGGCGUGAUGAUCAUGGGCUACGACAUGAUGCGCAACCUGACGAGCGAGCGCGUGCGCAACAAACGCCAGAAACGCAUCUUCAACAAAUGCCUCAUGGAUCCAGGUGAGCGGCUCAAUAAGAAGGCGACGGCAAGCGAGACGAAGAAGCAGAAAACAAACAUACGAACGGCGGAAACGGUAAGAGAGAUGUGGGCGGCGGCGGCGGCGGGCGGCGGCGCGGUGAGCGCGUGCAGCGCGACAACCGAUUACCAACGAGCCGUGCAAGCCAUUGAUUUUGAAACUGCGCGGAGCGCCAAGAGUAGCACGAAGAAUUCCGACGACGAGGCAGCGGUUAAGGGCGGCGACAAGUCGGACAGCAGUGUAGAGGUCGUGAAAACGUACUCUACGCGCAGCCGUGGCGCGGUGAACACACGCAGCAGCAGCCGCGGCAACAAAGAUAAGUCGGACGCGGGCGCAGGGCCGAGCACGCAGCCGGAGCCUGAGGUACUGCCGGAUCCGGAGCGCGUCGCGGAGUGGUGGGACGAGCACAUCUCACAGGAGGACGAGGACAACUACGAGCUCAGCGGCAAGAUGAUGCUACUCACCGAGAUCCUGUCACAGUGCGAGGCCAUCGGCGACAAGGUGCUGUUGUUCAGUCACAGCCUCCUCUCGCUGAACAUGAUCGAACACUUCCUCAAGUGCAUCAACGAUAAGAACGACAAGCUGCACACAGAGAAGCAGGCGGCGGCUGCUGCCGCGGCGACGGAUGAGGAGGGCGUUGCGCCGCCGCCGCCGCCGGAGCCCACGAACGAGGAUGAUUUCAUCGGAACGUGGGAUGUGAACUUUGACUACUUCCGCAUGGACGGCUCGACGUCGCCUGAGCUGCGCGCGCGCUGGCAGGCCGUGUUCAACGAUGAGGACAACAGGAGGGCGCGGUUGUUCCUGAUCUCGACGAAGGCCGGCUCACUGGGCGUGAACCUCAUCGGAGCGAACCGCGUGAUAAUCUUCGACGCGUCGUGGAACCCGACGCACGACGUGCAGGCGAUCUUCCGCUGCUACCGCUUCGGACAGACGAAGCCGGUCUACAUCUAUCGAUUCCUCGCUCAGGGUACGAUGGAGGAGAAGAUCUAUGAUAACCAUCAAACGUGGCAAUCUAAGCAGCUAACACUCACACCAGGUCCGAUGAUGCCCAAGGACCCACUGCUGGCAGAGCUGCUGCAGAACUUCAAGCGCUGGAUCGUCACGUACCACGAGCACGACUCGCUGCUCGAGAACCGGCCGGACGAGGGCCUCACCGAGGAGGAGAGGAAGGCCGCGUGGGAGGAGUACGAGAACGAGAAGAAGGGAGUCUUCACAAACAGAGGUGCUUUGCCGUCUUGCGCAGGUUGUGAGAACCAGGUGAGGAACGCCGGUCAGGAGUACGAUGCGACAGACGUGACAAUCACCAGCGCUGACAUGGCCAAGCUUAAGCUGGAACUACGUGUUGUAGAACCGCAGGCGAGCGAAGUUGACCUGCAGGUGUUGCUGCAGCAGCGAGUGAAGCUGAUGCAGCAAGUGCGUAGACACGAGCUGCUCAAGCGACAGCAGUACUUCCAGCAGCAGCAGGAGCACCUGCGUCGCGUCAGCCAGAUGCAGCAGCAGAUGCGCAUGAACCAGGAUCGCAGCAGGCAGCAGGCUAGGUACCAGCAGUUGUACAACAUCAUGAGGAACCAGAGCGGAUCGUCAGCUGGCUACCCCCAGCCUAGCGGCGCACAGUCAGACAACACUCGAGCGCCGUUCAACCAGGACAUGAUGAAUCAUCUCACGCAGUCCUACCUGAACCGGCUGCAGCAGUCGCAGGCCACGUCCGCAGCGAAGCCCGCCGGUGAGGGCGUUCAGCCGUCGACGUCCGGCGUUCCCGUCCCCGAGCGCUCGGCCGACGGGAAGACUCUCAAGGUCGGCACGCUGACCAUCACGGAGCUUGACGAUUAGGUCCGGCCACGGCGGCGGCCGCAGCGAGGCGUAAGGACGGACGAUUAGGUCCGGCCACGGCGGCCGCAGCAGCGAGGCGUAAGGACGGACGAUUAGGGUCC